AUGGACUUCCACAGCCUGCCCCGUAGGGACCUCCAGAGCCUCUGCAAGAUGAAUAAGAUCCCGGCCAACAUGACCAACAUCGCUAUGGCCGACGCCCUCCAAGCUCUUUCCAUGGUAUGUUCCCCCCUCUCUCUCUCUCUCUCUCUCUCUCUCUCUCUCUCUCUGCUCUAUCUAUACCUUUCUUUCUCUCUCUCUCUUGCAUCUUCUGCGUCUCUAAUGGAUUCUGCCUUUUUACCAGGUAGAAGGAUUGGAUGCCGUCAAGGAAUCCCUGCAGGGAAUGUCUCCGAAGACCGUCGGCCGGAGAACUUCCGCCGUCGGCAAGAGCAACCCGGCGGGAAGCUCCCUGGCGAGAGCUCGCCGUGGGACGGUGAGGAUGGCGGCGUCCAUGAAGGACGAGAACGUUGCAUCAGAGAUCCCCAACUCCCCCACCACUCUCAGCGCCCGCGGCCGGCGAACUCGGACUGUAGUUGACAGCGUGGUGCCGGAAGAAGAGGAAGACGACGGGAAGAAUACGGAUCUCGAGUUGCUAAAGACUCCGGUGGCACGCCCCGCACGGGGAAGGAGAGCCGCGGCUCAGGUCGAGAAAUCGUCGAUCGGAGAGCAAGCAGGCAGCGGCGAUGCGGCAGCUCUCCAUACUCCGGCGGCGUCGACAGCAAGGAGGGCUUCGACUCGGAGGAUAACCAGAUCUGCCGCGCAACCGGAGGAGGCGAACGGGGCAAGGACGUCUCGUUAUCGGACCAGGAUGUCUUCCAGGAAGGCGGCCGCUGAUCAGGAAGCGCCGGUGAUGGAGACGGAGACGGUGGCGAAGGGUAUGGCUAGGGUUUGCUUCUCCGAUCAUCUCUUUUACUCUCUCUUGUUUGCUUCUCCCUGAAAAAUCCGCCUCCAUGGACAAUAGGCUAUCUGCCUGCCAUCAAUGGAUCCAUCGCCGGAAAAGAAGACGGCGCUGAGGACGACAAUUCGCCGGCGCCGGAGACGAUGAACGGGAAGAUGGCGGAGCAGGAAGAGCCUUUUGUAGUCGAAACAGUUCCAUCUGAUGGGCUCAGCAAUCAGACGGCUGUUGAGGACUUAAUCGCCCCAACAGUGGAUGUUGUCGAGGAAGCUGAAGUCUCCGAUGGGCCCAUUGAUCCGACGGUGGAGGAGAUCUCUGCUCCACUGAUCUCUGCUCCACUGGACUCUGACAUCGAGAUGGAUGUGAAGGGCGACGUUGAUCCUGCGGUUCACCAGAUCGAGGUGACCGCUAUCGUCGGCGUCGGCGACACUCCGGAGGAUGGAGAAGCGGCGGAGAACCUGACCGCGGUGGCGGAGGCCACCGCCGACGCCGUGACGUCGGAAGAAGCAGAACUUGACGGCGGCGGCCUGGUGGAGGAUGGUCUCCCGAUCGAAGUUGCCGUCAUCGUCGGCGAUGGUGACUCGACGCCGUCGUGUGGGGAGGCGGCGGAGAACUUGACCGCCGUGGCGGAGGCCGCCGCAGUGACGCCGGAAGAACUUGACGGCGGCGGCCUGGCGGCGGAGGGUCUUACCGCCGGAGUAGAAGCCGAGCAGAAGGAAUCGGAUGAGACGCAAAACCCAGCGAUGGAAACCGAGAACCUGAUGGUGGUGGCGGAGGUCACCGCCGCCGCCGUCAAUGUGGGUGAAGAACAAGAUGGCGGCGCCGCCCCGGUGGCCGACGGCCUCGCUACCGGAGAAGUAGCCGUCGUAAACGCAGCAUUCGACUUGUGUGUGGUUCUCCAGGACAACAAGGAAAACUCUGAAGCCCUCGAGGAGGAGAAGCAGCAGAGGGUGGCGGCGGCGGAGUACAACGGCGCCACCAGCCUGAGGAAGCUCAAGGCCGCCGUCAAGGAGAAGGUAAUGAGAGUUUCUUCAAUCACGUUGCCUGUGUAGUAUAUGACACUGCGGCUCUCGUUCGUUGACUUUUUGCUGGUUUGGUCAACACAGUUGCAGGCGAUGGAGGAGAAGAAGAAGAGGGCGGCGUUGGCGACACUCGACGACAACUGCAUCUUUAGCCCGGGGCGUCUCCAGUGCUGA